UCCCAGCUGAUUUCUAGAGCUGAUGACAUUAAUAUCUGCACUGGACAGGCAAAGGAACUUAGCAUAUCGUGUGUUACUUAUGCCACAGCUCAAAAAAUGCGGGCAGCAAUCAGUCACAAGUACGGAUGUGACCACAGACUCAGUACACAGCCCUGGCUGGAGGAUUCCCUGCAGCCUGGUCACUUCCGGGGAAAUCCAUCACUCUCGGUGACGGUAUCACAGUACAUGAUAAGUUUGGGCCGCCGAAAGGUUCGAGCAGGAGAGGUGGUCACAAGUGCACAUGCAAUGGAUGAACAGACUAUGAAGGAGCUGUAUGAAUACAAU